AUGGACCAAAGAGAUAUCAUUCCUCCCCAUUCGCUUAUAUCAGGCCUUCCAGAUGACUACAUCACGACACCCUUCUCAAAACUAGAAUACCAGUGUGAAAUUGCUGAGGGAAUCUCCGAGUCUCUCAACGAAAACAGAGGAGGUAACCAGUGGCUACUUGUUUCCAGUCUUCCAGCACGCAUGACCCGAAAGCUAGACGGCGAAGAACGUGACAUUCUGGGCCCUCCAUACCGCUUCCAGUGGGAAGGAUCAACUGGUCUCAUCAAAGUGAUUCCCCCAUCUUUUGGACACGGGGUUAUCAUAAGCCGAUUGGUCAUGGCCAUGGGCAGAAAGUUCCACCGUAUGGGCAUCGAGGACAGUGAAUACGAUUGGGGCGGAAGAACAACCUUCAAGCCUACCAAGAAGGGUAAACAGGCCGACGAGACCUUCUUUCCACAACAUCGCCUACCAAGCUCGCUAUCCAAUCGCUGUGGCUGGCCCACGCUCGUUAUCGAAAGAGGCGUAUCAGAAUCUCUCCGUCGGCUCCGAGAAGAAGCGAAAUGGUGGUUUACCCAUUCAAAGGGACAAGUGCGCAUUGUCAUAGUCAUCGGAAUCUAUGCGCCCCGGCCUUUGACUCGCCAGUACCGCAAUGCCCUAGCAAGCUACCUUCCUCCCUCCCUCCAGCAACCAGCAGAGACACAGCAAGCAUACUUGGCCCAAAAAGUUUACGUUAGGCCUGGUACUCUCGUUGGAACCCCUAUGGUCCUCCCGUUUGCUACGUUGAUCGACCGGCCACCAGGACCUAGCGAAUACGAUGUCAUUCUCCAUGAUAAGGAUAUUAAGUCCAUCACCCGAGAUAUGAUUGGGAACUGUUUGUGUUGUUGA